AAAAGAGAAGUAUCUCGGUAGAUCCAUGCCGUCCGUUUCCUUCUCUUUUCAUCUAGCUGUGGUCUGCCGGGUCUACUGAUCAAAUAUCCCGUGAUUUUUGAAAAGUAUGGAAUCUUGACGUACCCUACUCUACAUUUUGGCCAUCAAAAACGAAGUAUUAGGGUUCGACUCAAUACGACAAGAUAAUAUCUCAGUGAAAGUAAUGUCGGGAGACGUUCAGCCUAGACGACGAAAAGACAAAAGACGUAAAAAAGAUGAGGAUGACGUGGGAACACCACCUCCAACUUUAGUCAGCCCAUCUGCUGAUCCAUUGGCAGAGAAUCUGACAAUUCAUGUUCAAAAGGACAGCGGAACCGGAGGGCACUGGUGUGCCAGAGUAGUAUUCUUUGCCCUAUUUGCCAUUCUUGUUGGUUUAGUCGGCAUCAUUCUUCUCGAACACAGGGGUGCUGCUGAUGUGGACACUCCACUAGCCGAGUCUCGAUGGGCAUUGGUUUUUGAAGGCUGGGUGGACGACGUGAAGCCUUCCUAUGACAAUGGCAAGUCUGUUUCUCAGCAUGAUGACCAUCUCGAACACAUGGAUGAAGAAGAAGCUACCGAAGUAGAUUCACAAGAAGCAGGCCAGAGAGAUGAGGGAGUUGACUCCGAAGUUGAAGACGAAGAUGAAUAUGAAUAUAAUAAGAUGCAGGAGGCCCUGUUGAAAGAAAUCGAAAGUAACGAAACUGAUGGAGAAGAACGUUCCGGGUUAGAUUCUCAUCAGGAACCAAGUGAUAGUCAAGAAGAAAUAGCAUCUCAUGAAAUAGAUCAUGAAGAUCUAUCCGAUGAAAAGGAGGGAAGCGAAGAAAGCGUUCCUCACGGAGUGGCCUGGAAUGCAGAAGACGACGAUGAUGCUGAGAAUGCAGUCUUGGAGGAAAUAGAAGAAGGUACUAGCCAAGAAGAAAUCGAAGCUACUGAAAGAGAGAAGGAUGACUCGAUUGCUGGUUCCGAUGAGAAUGAUGCCAGUAUCGAGGGAGUCGACACCCUUACAUACAGGCAAAAUGAUGACCAUCCAAGAGAUUAUGAAGAUUUUGUUGGAAUUUCGGGAAUAUCCGAAAUCAAUGAUAUAGAUGACAACAGCGCUGAACCAUUGGAAGAAUUCGAAGACGAAGAGCCGGAAGAAAUUCGUGACGAAGCCAUAGUGGAACCGGAUGUUGAAGAAUUACAGGAAGAAUCUAGCAGCGUGGCAGCCAAGUUCGGAGUCGGCAUUGCGCUCGUUAUAGCAGCGCAUUUCGUUCUCGUUAGACGGUGGAAUAACGUCGAAAACAACGUCUCGCAAGUUGAUUCAAACCGUCCAGAAUCGCCAGAUUUGUCACGUCGUAAUACCAUUAUUCCUCCUCCUUGUGUCGAAAGAUUAAUACCUACAAUCAGCGAUGAGGAAACCCAAGAAUGUAAAGUAAUGCAUACGGAAAGUUAUAAGAUUUUGAAAAGCAAGUAUGAGAAAUUUAAAAUUGCGGGUGACAGAGAGCUUUUGAUAAAAGCACCUGGAAGGAAAACAUCUAUGGAGAAGAAAUUGAAGGGAUGGGAAGAACAAGGGAACGAAGAGGAGAUCGCAGAUAUAUCGGAUGGAAAGCAGAUGUUUGGACCAGCAAAGAUGAAUGAUAAUGAGAAUGACAAUGCUGAUGACGAUGAUGACAACGACGACGACGACGACUACAACGACGACGAUGAUGGCAAUGAUGAUGAGGAUGACGAUGAUGAUGAUGAUGAUGAUGAUGAUGAUGAUGAUGAUGAUGAUGACGAUGAUGAUGAUGACGAUGAUGAUGAUGAUAAUGAUGAUGAUGAUGAGGAUAUCGACGACAGUGAACUAGUGGCCAAAUUGGAAGCUAAGUAUGGAAAACUCCCCAUACCACCUGAAAGUGAAGGCGAUACGGAUGACGAAGAGGAGGACGAAACUAAUGAUAAAGAUAUCCAAGGCUGUAAACGAGCGAAUGCACCUCUGGUGGCACAAUCAGAAUUCGUAGGCAAACCUCAAAUGAUGGGUGAAUCAACCUCUGGACGGAAAAAUGCUCAGCUGGAACAAAGUGGCACUAGGGCGAAUGUUAUUGAGAAUAUCCCUGAUCCAGACAGUGACUUCUAUAGAGAGAAACUUGACACCGCUCAUGGCCAGACAACAGAAGAACGAGUCAUCUAUUUUACGGCCAAGUUAUCUGAUCAUCCUGCAUCACCCUGGAUGAGGUAUGAGUUAGCUAAAGCUCUGGAUGAUCUUGCUGAAGAAAAAAAGGACAAUUCAUAUUUGCGGAAGGCCAUUGCUGCUUACCAGAGCGUGGGGGAACUGGGAACUCUUGUACCACCGUCACUCUUUCGAAUUGCAGGAGAGCGGUGCAUAGAUAGAUUCAGAUUUGCCGGACAACAUAGCGGGGCAGAAGCAGUUCACAAAGAUUUAAUUUCAAGAUUUCCAGACGAACCACAUUUGAGAAACCAGCUGGCCAUCACUUACAUGAUGCAAAAUAAAUUAUCAGAAGCUAGAAAGGUAUUGCAACAAAUACUGGCUCGGUGGCCAAACGAUGGCCUUGCCUUGGCGCAUUAUGGUUUUAUUUUAAAAACUGGUGAUGGCAAUAUGGUUGAUGCUAUUAUGUACUUGAAAGCUGGUAUAGACUCUGGUCACGAGGGUACAAUCGAUGGUAGAUUUUUCUUCCAUCUAGGCGACGCUCUAGUCAGAUUAGGCAAAACCGAGGAAGCCAAGAAGCUCUAUCAAAAUGGUGCCAAAAGAGGCCUGUUUCGUUCGGUCUAUCAACGAUCUCUCUACAACGUCGAUCGAUUGACGGCGCGCCCUUGGUGGACUCUAGAGCAGACCAAUUAUAAAGAGUUCUUUGAAAACCUUGAAGAAAAUUGGCGGGUCAUUAAGGCGGAAGGACUCGCUGUGCUUGAUCAGAACGGGCAGUUUAAAAAUGAGGCAGAAAAUUUAAGAGACAAAGGCAAUUGGCAGCAGUUUGAAUUGUUUGUCAAAGGUCGUAAAAUAUUAGAAAAUUGUGCUCAGACUCCAAGAACGUGUUCACUAGUGGAAGACUUUUCACCAGCUGCAAGCUGUCGUAGAGGGCAAAUCAAAUUCUCUGUUAUGCACCCUAACACACAUGUGUGGCCACAUUGUGGGCCUACAAAUUGUAGACUAAGAGCUCAUUUGGGUCUGACAGGGACAGCAAGGACAUUCAUAAGGGUAGCUGAUGACAUCAGUAUGUCGUUUUUGUGCAGAACUUGGAGGCAAGGAAGUGUAAUGGUGUUCGAUGAUAGCUUUGAGCAUGAAGUUUGGCACAACGGGACUCUGAUUCGGCUGGUGCUAAUCGUGGACGUGUGGCAUCCUGAGUUACGAGAAAACGAAAGACGCACUUUGCCUGCUAUUUGAAUUCUGAGCAUAAAUUCAUGUAAUUCAUAUUUUACCAUACAUCAAUUACAUUACCUUGCAGCGCAUCAUCUUAUUGCGUGAUUGGCAAUCGUUCACCGAGAUAUAAGUAGGUACUUGUGACUGAGAGAAAUGGAAAGUUUAUGAAUCUCCCCAAAAUGUAUUACUUAAAAUUGUAUGUAUGUGAUACAUUAUUUAGUACAGGUAAUAUGAAUUUCAUCAGGGUAAAAUAUUUUUAGCUGUACACGAGCGAAUGCUUUUGCAUUUACCUAUCUAUUCUCACUGCUUCUAGUUUUAAAUAAAACCCAAUAUUCAUGAA